UAUUCUCGGAGCUAGGCGCAUGACAUACGGAUCCGUCAAAUAGAUUGCUCUUAAAUAAGUUAUUACCGAGGUAAUCCUUGUGUUGUGCUGUUGUAUUCACAUCAAAAAUAUCAAAAAUAUCAAAAAUGACAGCAUCUCACUAAGACAGAACUUAGAAAGCAUCACAAAAUAUGGACGAAGUGGCUUCUAAGGCAGGGGCUCGCCAGAGUAAAGCCCUACGCAAGCAUAGAUCCAGAUCUUCAUCAACAUAUACAGAUUUGGAAAAAUGCAAGAGGAAGAAUUCUUCUGGAAAACUUGUUUCUUUUCCAAGUGCCAUUAAGCUCAGCAUGCUUAACAGUGGUCUUCUUUCAUUCGAUAAAAUUCGAUUGGAAGUCCGAGAUGAAACAAAUUCACUUUCACGAGCAAUGCCAUCAACCCCUGUUAGUCUCAGAAAGUUUUUGAAAUUAUGUGAGCAGAGAAGGAAGUUUCCUGUGUUAUACAAAUUGGAGUUUAUGACUGCAAUCAAAGUGGAAGGAAACACAUGCAGACAUGCAACCAAGAAGCACAACCAAAUUAAAAAUCAAAAUCCCAAGUGUAUUCCAUAUGAUUACAACCGUGUCGUUUUGAAAAAAGAGGAAGGGUCCCCAGAAUCGGAUUAUGUCAACGCUUCGUAUGUCGAUAGCCUUUUGAAGCCAAACGCCUAUAUUGUAACUCAAGGUCCAACUGAAGAAACAGUGAACGAGUUUUGGAAAAUGGUGUGGCAGGAAAAUGUCAUAGUUAUAAUUAUGCUUACCAAAACUUUCGAUUUCACAAAGGUAAUGUGUGUUCAAUAUUGGCCACCUAAUAUGGAAACACAUGAAACUUAUGGAGACAUAAAUAUAAACAUUUUGAAGGAAGAACAACUGGCUAAUUUUCACAUUCGGACAUUUCGACUUUAUAGAAAAAAUGAGGCUGGUGAAGUCACCGAAGAGCGGCUUAUCUAUCAGUUUCAUUAUACAGAAUGGUAUUCACAUUCUUGUCCAUUUUCAAAUGCCGUUUUGGAAUUCAGGCGUCGAGUUCGUUCUGUUGUUGGCAAUAUAAUAAAAGCAAGCGAUAUACGAGGACCAAUGUUAGUUCAUUGCAGUGAUGGUGGUGGACGUUCUGGAGUUUAUUUAUCAAUUGAUUCGAACCUCGAAUUGGCAGAAGAAGAAGAGUCAUUCCAUGUGUAUGGCUACUUAAAGAAAAUGCGACAAUCCAGGAAGGGCUUGAUCGAAAACUUGGAUCAAUACAAGUUUGUUUACGAUACUCUUGAAGAGCAUCUUACUUCGGGAAACACUUGGUUUCCUGUAAGCGAGUUAUCAGAACGUUUAAAAGCCAAAUCUAAAAAAGAUCCCAUCACACGAGUCAAUGAAUACCAAAAGGAGUAUUUACAGAUUUGUAAGCAAACUCCCAGGUUCUCAAUUGGUGAUUGUGCUGGUGGACAUCGAGCGGAUAACAGGGAAAAAAAUAGAGAUGUCUUGUGUGUCCCACCUGAUAACUUUCGACCGUAUUUGACAUCAUUUCAAGGGAAUGCUUUUACAGAUUACAUUAACUCUGUAUUUGUUGACGGAUAUACAAAACCAAGAGAGUAUAUUGUCACAGAAUGGCCUAUGAAACAUACCCUUGGCGAGUUUUGGUCACUAGUAUACGAUCAUGAAUGUUCAACAGUAGUUGUUCUUUGUCAACCCCCACAAAAUUCACAGCAGUAUCCAUCUUUUUGGCCAUUUCAGUCAAAAAUGGAGAAAUAUGGACCAGUUUUUUCAGUUCAUUACACAUCAUCGAGAAAAUAUCUUAACAUUAAACAAUGGGAAUAUAAAAUAAACAAAAAAAUUGUCUCUUUAACUGAAAUGAUGGCUGGAGUUAAGGCCCCUACACGGACAGUACAGUUUUUCCAAUUAACAUGUUGGCCGAUGGGGCAUAAGGUGCCAAGCUCAACAAAUUCUUUGGUUUAUUUGAUGAAUAUGGUUGAAAGCUGGAGAAGGAAAACUGAUUAUGGACCAGUUUGCGUAGUAACACCGGAUGGAAGAAGCAGAGCAGGAGUUUAUUGUGCAGCUAACGCCUGCAUAGAGCAAGUUAUUCAACAUGGAGAAGUUGAUGUUUUUCAAGCAGUAAAAACCGUUCGCAGGCAUAGGCCGCAAUUAAUUGAAAACAUGACGGAAUAUAAAUAUUGCUAUGAUCUGGUUCUUCACUACGUACUUCAUUUUCUUAAUAGGCAAUAAACUUUUUUGGGACCUGUUUAAGGACUAUUUAUGCCAACAUCUACAUGUAUACACUUUAGAUAAAAACUUAUAUUGUAUUUUAUUGUUAUAAAAUAGAAACAUUGGUCAGAACGUCCAAAAUAAAUCUGUUUAUAGUCAUAUUUAUUGAACAAUUCUGUUAUAUGUGUGUUGUCCGUAUGAGCUUAUUGUAUUUCGAAAUAGACGAAAGCCUUACAACAAUAGUAUCUAUGUGUUAUUUUUUGAAAAUUAUAUUGAAUUUUUAAUUUUUAUUGUUAUGUAUCAUUAAAAUAAAUGUUAAAAAACAAA